AUGGGACGUAUGGGAUGGGAUGGGAUGGGAUUGUCCCAUCCCACGCGGUGCUCUGGUACGGGUAUCGUUCGAUUUGAUAGAAUGAAGAAUUUGAUCUAUGGUUUAGUCGAAUUUCUUUUACAAACAGAUUCGACUUCUGUUAUAUUGGCAUUGCGUGGUAGAAAUUAUGAUAACUAUCACGUUGUUGUCAAUGAGAUGGAAAAUGUUGAAUAUCGACGAGUUAUGCUGGAUGAUCAACGAGUUAAAAUUGAACAUCGAUUUGUUCAACAAAAAUGGAUUUUACAACAGAAUUCAAUUCAUAUAUUCUUAAGUCAUUGUGGUAUGGGUUCAAGUGUAGAAGGACUUUAUUUUCAAAAGCCUAUAUUAUGCUUACCGAUACACACUGACCAAUUUGCAAAUUCCAUUGCGAUUCAAAAUUCAGGUGUUGGACAAUCGUUAUUCGAACCGCCCUCCUCUAUAGUAGAAUCAUUACUAAAACCGCAGGAUUAUCAUGAUUAUACUUUUUCAGCUAGUAGUGUAACAAAAAAGGUGUUGACCAUGUGGAGAAAUACUUAUUAUGAGCAAGCCGCUCGACUUAUGUCACUUGAAAUGAAACAUGCUGGUGGUGUUAAACGAGCUGUGGAAGAAAUAGAACUUUUAGUAAAUUUAAAUGGCGAUUUGAGUCGUUAUGCACCAUUUUAUCAACGUUAUAUGCUGGAUUUAAUGCUUGUGUUUAUUGUGCUACCUGCGAUGAUCGUUUUAUAUUGUUUUGUGAAAUGCUGUAAGCGAAGUCGAAAACAAAAAAAAGAUUGA